AUGUCCAACCGCCGACCCACCAAAAAGAACCAGAAAGAAGCUCCAUCGGUGGCGGACAUGCUCACCUCACAGAGGCCUACACUGUGUGGCGUGCCGGCUGCCGCCAGCCCCACCGGACCAGAGCAACGUAACCCCCCCCAAUUGAAGGACCCCUCCCUUGAAGCAUCCUCCAAUGCCAUAUUACACUACCUGGCGGAGGUGAAGGGAUACCUAGCGGAGGAAAUCAAACGCACAGCGGCGGAGGUCAAAGUCGAAAUCACAGCCAUAGGGGCCAGGACCGCUAUUAUUGAGCAGCGCAUGGAGUAUGUUGUUAUAGCUCAUAACUCUGCCACAGCUCUCACCAAUAGUCUGCUCCACAGGAUCACUGACCUUGAGCUGGAAUUAGAGGAUGUUUCCAACUGA